CACGCCUGCCUCACAAUGCCUACAUCUACGCUCAAGCCUUGCCGGUCAAGGGAUUAGGUCCUGCAUCCAAGCCUGGUAUUGACCAUUUCACAUCGACUAUCGACCUCCUUCACUGCGCCAUCCAGCGCAAUGCUAAAUGUGUUGUGGUUGUUGCUGGGUUUCCUCCACAGUGCCGCUUGCACGAAGGUGACGCACCGCGAGUUCAACGUCACGUGGCUGAAUCGGAACCCAGAUGGCCUGCACGAAAGGCCCGUCAUGGGUAUAAAUGGUCAAUGGCCUAUACCAGCUCUCCAAGUUACAAAAGGCGAACGAGUUGUGAUCAAGGUUUCCAAUCAUCUGGGCAACGAGACGACCAGCUUGCAUUGGCAUGGCCUUUACAUGAACGGUACAGCGUACAUGGACGGCCCGCCAGGUGUAGCACAGUGUGAAAUUCCGCCUGGCGAUAGCUUCGUGUACGACUUCAAGAUUGACCAGCCAGGGACGUACUGGUUCCAUUCCCACACCAGAGGUCAAUAUCCCGAUGGACUUCGAGCUCCCCUCAUUGUGCAUGACCCAGAGAAUCCAUACAAGGAGGACUUCGACGAGGAGGUUUUACUUUCCUUCUCAGAUUGGUAUCAUGAUUUGAUGAGGCCACUCCUAGCGUCUUUCAUCAGUGUCACGAAUCCGACUGGCGCUGAACCUGUGCCAAAAUCGGCUUUGAUCAAUGACGGACAGAAUGUCACUGUUGCGGUUCAGCCGGGGAAGACGUAUUUGAUACGAAUGGUAAACAUGGCUGCUUUUGCGAGCAUGUAUGUGUGGUUUCAGGGCUGCUCAAUGAGGGUCGUGGAGGUUGAUGGCAUAUAUACCGAAGCUGCGGAAGCAGAAAUGCUCUAUCUCACGGCUGGUCAACGAUACUCUGUUAUUCUCACGGUCGAAAGCGACGGCGUGACCAAUAUUCCUUUUGUUGCAAGCAUGGACAAGGAAUUAUUCGAUGAAAUCCCGGAUGAUCUGAAUGCGAACGCCACUGGCUGGUUAUUACUAGACAGCUCCAAGGAACUACCAGCACCGAUAAAAAUGGACGUCUUUGAGGCCUUGGAUGACAUGUCACUUCGACCAUUGGACAGUUUGGCUGCGCUUCGCGAGGUCGACAGGACAAUCACACUGGAUAUGAAGAUGGACAACCUAGGGGACGGAGCCAACUAUGCUUUCUUCAACAACAGUACAUAUGUGGAACCGAACGUUCCGACCCUUUACACGGUAAUGUCUUCAGGCGAGUAUUCUAGCAACCCCAUUGUGUAUGGCAGCCACACCAACUCCUUUGUGCUACACGGGAAUGAAACUGUUGAAAUCAUCCUGAACAAUAAUGAUGAUGGAAAACACCCAUUCCAUCUCCACGGACAUGCCUUCCAAGUUAUUGCACGCUCCGAGGAAGAUGCAGGAAGUUAUUCGGAUGAUGCCGAUGCAGCAAGCGCACCAGCUGUGCCCAUGCGGCGUGACACCGUGCUAGUCGAGCCCAAUGGUUAUGCGGUUCUGAGAUUCCGCAGCGACAACCCUGGUGUUUGGCUCUUCCAUUGCCACCUGGAAUGGCACGUGGCCUCCGGCCUUAUCGCGACAUUCAUCGAAGCACCGAUCGAGCUCCAGAAAACGGCCGUCAUUCCUCCCGAUCACUAUAAUAUGUGUACACGAAACAAGCCCCCUGUUCCUACCUCGGGGAAUGCCGCCGGGAACGUGGACGAUCUGCUUGACCUCAACGGAGAACCUGCUCCGCCGCCACCGUUACCCGCUGGAUUCACGAUUAAGGGGAUUAUUGCCCUAGUCAUUAGUAUUCUCAACGGGCUUAUCAUGGUGGCGAUGAUUGCGUGGUACGGCAUGUUGCAGAGCCCGGCCACAGAAGCCGCUGCAGGAGAUGCAAGUGAUAGUCCGGAGGGGGAGAACCAGCCUCUUUUAGCAGGUCCCGGGUCAAGACAAUAGCGAAUAGAUGAGUCUGCCUUGAUAGCUGAGACAAUUCGUCAUAGAGAAAAUGCACCCUUGAGAUGUGAACCAAGUCCAGGUCUCCAAUCGCGGAUGCUUGUGCGUGGUACAAUCUUGCGGUUGGCUGAGAAUAAUGCCAGAAGAUGCAAUGUUACUGCAACACAUUCC